CCAUCUGCUCGCCGCCGCCGCCACCUCCCGAUCCAAUCUCACCCCACCGCCUCCCGAUCCACCGCCGACCUCGCCGCCAUCCUCACUCACCGCCGACCUCGCCGUCCUCCUCACCCACCGCAGCCGACCUCGUCGCUCCCUUCCCUCACCAUCUCUCCCUCGUCUCACCUCACCGCGAGCCCCGCAACCCAAUCCAUCGCCGCCUCCCUUCUAGAUCCAUCACCGCCACCGCCACCUCCCUCCGGCGGAGCUCGCCGUCGUUCAUGCCCUCCCCCACGCCCCCUCCUCUCACCCCUCCCCUUCCCUCACCACCCAACCGAACCAACCAGCCCACUAACCCGAAGAGAAAAGCGAGCGGAGGCGAGAUGGCGACCGGACGCGAGGCCGGCGAGGCGACGCCGGGGGAGGAGGAGGAGCAGAGGGAGUGGGCGGAUCUGACGCCGGUGUGCCUGGCGAAGGCGUUCUCACGGCUGGGCCUGGAGGACCUGUGGCGCGGUGCCAUGGCGUGCUGCCGCUCCUGGCGGGUGGCCGCGCGCUCCCGGCCAGCUCUCUUCGCCGUGCUCGACCUCCGCUCGGCUUUCGAGGCCGUCGGUGCUGCACUUCUGGGCGCCGCGCUCGACCCCACCACGCACACCGUCUCUCCCGCAACCACGCGCCGGCCAGGUUCGCCGCCUAGGCGACGGGUGGGAGGAUCCGUCAGAGGAGGGGGCGCGGAGGGAGAGGAAGGCGGAGAUGGCGCAGAGCACACUGCCGAGAAGCUGCAGAGCCAGGCCUCCCCCGACGACGAGUUCGAGAACGAGAAGUUCGAGCUCCAGAAGGAUCUGUUCCAUGAGGUUGAAACUGUGGAUGUCUACUCUUCCAUAAGCUGUCUGGAUCUUCAUACUCUUGCUGUGCUGGCAAACUCCACCCUGUCCAGCUCAAGGAGGAGCACGCCUAGGAGAAGAGAGGUCUCAUUCCACUUGUUUGGAAGAGAAGACGAUGAAGCAUGGUGGUUAUCUGGAUAAUCUGCCUUGUGUUUUGGUUGUACUUUGUACCUAGUUAUAUUGUAUUCUGUAGUAGUCAGCACAUUCUGGAGCAGAAUCUAGUGAAGUUGUAAAACUGUAAGAAAUGUGAGAAAUAUACUUUGUACCUAGUUCUGUUUCAUUUGAAAUAUUUGUCAUUUGUGUA